GCACACGUCGGCGGAUUUCAGUGCAUGACGUCUGCUGUUCAAGACUGGUUUGUUAUUCUCCUUUUGAAAGGGAUGAAUUCAUGCAUUGUCGUGGUAACUUGUUCAUCAUUGACUUUCACAGUUGAUUGUUCAUGCUAAACUUUGACAUUUUCAAUAAGAUAUGCCUGUUUUGAACAUUGUUUUUGCUGUAAAUGUUUACUCCAGUCCCAUGUGUUCAUAAUGACGUAGGCCUAAUUGGCCUUGGUGUGACUUUGAUUUUGAAGUAACUGUGAAUUGUGAUUUCAUUUGCCAAAUCUUUUGGUCAUGAAUGAUUAAUAAUUAUGUUCGUUUAAUUGUAGGGGGAAAGUUGAUAAAAAAAAAAAAAGUAUAUAAAAAAUUAUAAUAGCAUGAGCCACGUGGAGAUGGCAGUUUUGUAAACUGUGAGUGGUCUUGAUCUUGAUCAACUUGUCCAUGUUGACAUUAAGAAGGCGGUAGUUUGAAAGAAGUUGUGUUGAAUAUUGAGUCAAGAAUCAUGAGAAUGGGAGAGGUUAGCUACUUAGCGAUGACUUCAGCUCCAUGAUGAUAUUGAAAUGUGAUAUUUUUUCACAGCGCCAGCUGCGCCACAAAGUCUUGUUCCUGAGUGUUGUUUCAGAUUAGGUAAGCGACAAUGCAACAACGACCAAACAACAAUCCUUGGCUUUUCCCAUCUGCGAAAAAACGAAGAAAAGUAAUGGGGUUGGCUUAGACUUUGUUUUACUUUAAUAGAUCUACUCGAUUUAGAAGAACAUAAUUUAGGCAAAUUUUCUGUACAAACUUUGAAUUAGCAUUCAUCCAAUUUGUUUCGCUCUUCGUGACUCAUCUACAGUGUCUCUGGUACAGACUCUGUGGAUGGUCACUGCGGGGGUUUGGGGACAAGAACAACAAAAUUGAGUCGCACAGACAAACAUGUGUGCUAUGUAGAUCAUAGGGCUUUAGCCAACCUCGCAUGAUGAGUGUGAGUGGGCUUUAGUAGGUUUAGCUACUUAAAUUUGCUAAGGUAAGACUGAUGUUCACCAAAGUCCUAAGAAAAGAAGUUUUAUAAAUGAUGUAACACUGUCACUGUGCUAGCUUGUUCAGAGUGUCAUUACCUUAAUAUUGAUUCCUGUUAGUUUGUUUUUUUCAGAUAAAGGAGAAGUACGGUAGGCUAACGCUCUAAUCCUUAAAGAAUGGAGUGACCAAUAUGAAAAAAUAAAGAGAGAGAAUCUGUACAACUUGUUCCGAUUUUCACGUGAAUGACUCUGAGCUGAAACGUUCUAAGUAACCUUGGACAUUAUGAGGUCUACAGGCAACCAUGUUGCUGUUGGGAUUUUUCUGUUUGUCAUUACACAAAGAGUAUAUUGCAAGUCAACCCUGGGUGUUCUGAAUUCUCUUCAAGCUGCAAAAAGCAAAGGACUCUUCAUCACUGAAUUCUGCUUCACUGAUACUACUGGGGGACUGAAUUACACCUUGAAUGCCACGACUCCUGGAGGGAAGCUUUAUUUCUACUCCAAACAGAGCUGGGCUGAUGCAGAAAUCAGCACUGAUUGUACACACAAGUUCCUGAAGGCUGAAUAUAGUAUAAAUCUGAUUCAGAAAGGGGGAAACCACACCACACUGUUGCUGAAACACGCAGGUCCUUGGCGAGUGAUAUAUGGAGACUCCUUUACCUGCAGUCCCGUUCUACCGCAAGAGAAUCCAGUCUAUAUCAGCUUUCAUAUUCGUCUCUACAAUUUGGACUCGUUCGGCAAGCCAUUCAGCCAUUUUGAAUGCCAGGAUAAAGGUCUUCUGACAUACUAUGAGCUGUUAACGUUUGUUUAUUUUGUCCUUGGUUGUAUCUGUGCUCCAAAAGUUUACGAAACACUCAAGAAGGGAGGACCAAUGCAUGAGGUGAUGAGUAUGCUGACAUCUGUCCUGUCCUUCCAGGCUCUUGGAGCAUUCUCAAUGUUCCUACACCUGUACAGGUACUCACAGGAUGGCCUUGGAUCUUCACUCAUGGAAAAUCUUGCAGAACUGGUGGACAUCAUAGCCCAAUUCAUGAUGUUGUAUAUGAUGGUCAGUCUGUCCUUGGGCUGGACGUUGACUUCGACGAAAACACAACUCAACGCUCACGUAUGGAAGACAUCUCUUUUGGCCAAAAUAGCCGCUGCUAUUACUGCUUUACAGUGUUUCUUCGUCUUACUGGAGCAGUUGCUCUUCACGCAACACUCGGCCUAUCACAGCCAUCAGAGUUUCCUGGGCAUGGUGACCAUAAUGGGAAGGGUCUCUCUGGCGAUCAUCUUUGCUCACAAUCUUCAUAAAGUAGUCUCAAAGGAAAAGAGUAUAGUCAGGAGGGAAUUCUACAGUAACUUUGCCAAGAUGUCUUUUAUAUGGUUCUUCGCAUAUCCAGUUUUAGUAUUUGUUUCAUUGCUCUUCUCUCAUUACAUCAGAAAAAGGUUUUUAAUAAUGACGGUUACGUCUGUGCAAGCAACCAUCGUAGUGCUCCUUUAUCGUCUAUUCCUUUCUCGAAGCCUCUACUGGGAAAUCUCAUCAUUAUCUUCAUCUUCAUCAUUACCCCUAAGACUAGAAAAAACAUUUAGCUUAAAGAAUUACUCAUCAUGACAUUAAAAAAAAAACUUCUAGUAGAUUAGAAUCGGAUAGAUAAUAGGAAAAUUCUCCAAACUUUAUACUCUUGUCUUGUAUGUGUUAUAUAUCCAUUUAUUUUAAUGUGCAUAUUUAUUUUUGCAUUCAAAAGUGGGAUGGUUGAAAUGAUUGCUUAUAUUUUAUUUUACUUUGGUUCCUUUAUAUCAUUAACAAAAAUAUGUGUUAAAUUAUCAAUUGUCUACCUUGGAAAAAAAAAACACAUUUCAGGAUGUAUGGCCUAAAUUCUCCCAUUUGGUUUAUAUUUAUAGUAACAUGUACAGUGCGUCCCACAAAGAAGGAAACCUGUUUCCAGAGGUGAAUUUCACAAUUAUAAAAUGUUUUUACUAUAAAUUUGAUACAUAUGGAAAGAGUAGAAUCUCGUCUUUAAUUUGAGACCAAAAGCUUAAAUUAUUCAUGCAUGGCACAUUACAAACAAUAAAUAUUGAGGCGUGUCAGAAAUGAUUAGCGCUGAAACUCACGUGUGAAUCUGAAUCCACUCUCAUUUCAGUGAGAAAAACUUAACAAAGAAUACAAAAGAAAUGCUAAUGAGUCAAUUGUCAAAUGAGCAUGGUCGUGGAUCACAAACCAAUCUUGUCUAUUUUUUCUGUGCAACCUGAUUUUGCCUUUAAAAUUUCGAACUUGUCUUACUCAUUAAUGCGUGAAGUGUCCGUCUCAUAUUAGGUAUCAAAAUAUAGAGGAUUAAUUGAAUUGUAUAAUGAUGCAAAUGAAAUAUCAUAAUUCAUUUGCCUUUGAAGAAAAUUGGUAUGGGAAUCCCAGUUUCCUUUUUUUGUGGGACGCACUGUAUAAUUCCUUUAAUUUUGGUUCUUAUUCCUUGAUUAUGUAUCAUUACUUUUAUUUUGGGUUCUUUUUGUAUUAUUAUCUAUAAACCUUAGUAUUUAUGUGAUUUUAGAGUUUUAUAGUUGAAUGUGUGCUAGGUAUUUAUGUUUUGUGUAGUAUAAUUUUUUCUUCAUUUCUUCAUCAAGAAUUGUGACAUGCAGAAGGCUUUUUGGACUACGAAAAAACUCAAUUCAGAUUGUGUGUUUUUUCACAUUUGGGAAUUGAGUUGAGUACUUUGGUUUGUAAAUCAGUAUUAUGUUGUGUGUUAUGUGUAGUGUCUGCAUGAAUUUUUAUUAGUAUUAGUAUUAGAUUACUGACAUUGCUGUCUUGUAUUUAUUUCUUUUAUUCUGUUUCUUUUACUUUGUCCUUAAUUUGUCCUGAUAAUUCACAUUGUGUAAUUAAUAAUUGUAUGUGGACUCUAUGAGAUCAUAAAUAUGAUGCCAUGAUGUUAUUCUUCAAUAACUUGUUCAACAAGUAAGUGUUUCCUCUUUUAUCCAUAGAUUUUUAUCACUAUUAUGCAAUAACAAGCUAAUGAUGCAUAUAAAUAGCUCUGUUUCAUAAUGAUUUACAAUUGAUUAAAAUCAAUCUCAAAUUUGGAGUUGUUAUACAACUCAAAACAAGAUUUUAAUCUUAAAUUAUUUAUAACAAGGGAUCCCAAUGUUAAAGAAUAGAUAUUGUCAAAGUACUAUUUUACGUGCCGUAUUUGCCAUGUUUUGUCAUCACAACCCUUAUAAAUAUUUUCUUAUUAUUAUGAUUAUGUUCAUGUUUUUACUCAUCAAAUGGCACAAGUAUUUCCAAGUUUUCUCCAUCUCGUUGUGAUAUUGCUUCACUAUUUGCAUCUGUGCCUAUUUUUAAAACUGUAUUGCCUUUGAUUGAGGAAUUCUAUCUUGCAAUGUGGACAAGAAAGAGAAAACUGUAUUUUUAGUUGAAACUGUGUUGACUGCUGAUAAUGUUGUGCUCAGUUUUAUGUUCGCUUAGAAAUUACUUGUAUGUAGAUUUGCCUUCAUUAAUUGGUAAAUAUUGGGUAUCAAAAUAUGAUUAUUUUAAUGCCCUAGGCACAACUUUGCAGUGACUUAGGUCUGAAUUAAAAAAAAAUUGGUUUUUAAAUAGGAGGAAGCUUGUAUGUAAAUCAUGGGCUAUGCAUAUUUUGUGCAUAAAUGCCUUUUAUUUUUAUAGCGCAUACAACUAAUAAAGGUCCAAUAAUGAAUAUACUCUUAGCAAAGGGCGCCAAAUUCAUGUUUGUUGCUAUAAUGUGAAUUGAUUUGAAUACACUGAGUUUGCUUUCAUUAUAGACGAUACAAGUUACAAGUGUGAAAAUAUAGCACCCUUUGCUAAGAAUGCCAGUUAUGUGUAAAGUUAUGGAGAACUUUCCGAAUCGGGGCAAAUGCAGUACUUGGAAACAUUCAUGUCAAGCACUGUAUAAAUGUUGCAUAUUAUUAAUAUUAUUAUUGAUUUAUUGUUAUACUGUUUCACUUAUAUACACAUCACCUUCGAUUAAUCCCAGGUAGAAAUGAAAUACAUUUAUGCCUACUAAUUCUAAAUUGUCAAAUAACGUGUGCAUGUACCUCCUACAGCACAUGAAUACCUAUAGGCCUAUUGGAAAGAACUUGUGCAAGUUUUUUUUUUUUUUUGCUCUUUUAGAUACAAGCCCUUUAAAGUUGGGUCAAGUCCACCCCAACAUAAAGUUGAUUUUAAUAAAGAAGUUAAUCAAACAAGCAUUCUGCCGAAAAUUUCAUAGAAAACAGAUGGGAAAUACGAAAACACCAAAAUUUAUGUCACUUUAGUUUUGAUUAGUUGAUUUAAAUUUUAUUCACAAAACCGGUAUGCAAAACAUAGUAAUAUGCAAAUAAGGUAACUAUUGAAGUCACCCUCUCACAAUUUUUUUUUGUAUUGUGUAUUUUAUUAUAAUUUGAAAUAUUUCAGUUUUCUCAUUCUUAAUAUGAAACGAAGCUUUUUUCCUCCUUGAAUAGGUGGAAUCGCCAUUGGGUAGCUUCCCAAAUCUGCAAAUAUUGAAAUUUUGUAUUGAAUAAUAAAAUAUGAGGGAAAUAGUGACUGACAUCUGCUGCUGUCUCAUUUGCAUAUCAUCCUUGUCAUGCAUUAACUGCUUUUAUGAAAAGUAUGCAAAGUCACUUCUGUCUUAUUUUACAUCUAACUUUGAUGAAAUUGUUCAGCAUUAUAAUUGCUUGAAUCCACUAGAGUUAUCCAAAUCAACUUCUUGUUGAGAUGGACCUGGCCAUUAAUGAAAUAAUUUUUUGGAACAUGUACAUAAUUACAUUUAGAUUUAUAGAUAAUUUCAUGUAACUAUGGAAUUGUAAGUAAAGCAACUAUUUGUAUACAAAUUCAA